AUGGCUCCCGGCGCCUCGAGGACCACGCGGGGCAACGUGGACGUGGCCCUGGCCGGCCUCUGCGUCCUGCUGCUGUGCUGCAGCCCUGUGCUGGCCGGCUGCCACCGGGUGACCUUCUCCCCAGCCACGUUAACUCGCCCCGCAGGCGGCUCAGCCACCUUCUUCUGCAACAUCUCCAUAGAGAACAAUUCCAGCCUGGAGUACAAUCUCAACUGGUACAAGGAGACCAACCACAGCGAUCCCCAAAAAAUUGCUCAGAUCAGCCGGAGCAUCCCUCAGACAAAGACGGAGAAGUACCUGCUCUCCAACCACACUCCUGUCUUCAAGAUCGAGAUCCUGAACCUCCACCAGAAUGACUCGGGCUCCUACUACUGCGGGCUGAUCGCCUUCUUCCAGCCCAAUAAAGUGGAGGAGAGCAACCGGUCCCACCUGGUGGUCACAGCAGCCCCUGAGAAGAUAAACACCACUGAGGAGCCCGGCGUGGAGGACAGCAGCCCCCCAAGCCACAUCAAGGCCGUGAUCCUGGGCGUCCUGCUGCUGGGCUGUGCGGUCGUGCUGGUGGUCCUCGGCUACUGCAUCAUCACCUACAGGAGAGGAGAUGUGCAGAAACCACCAAGUGAAAACGCUGCGGAGAAGGAAGAGAAGCCCCCCGUGGUGUCCGUGUCCACCGUGGACUACGGCGUGCUGGAGUUUCAGUGGGACCCGCACACCCAGCUGCCUCCUGAGACCCGUCCGGACGACCAGACCGAGUAUGCCACCAUCAUCUUCCCCGAGGAGAAACCUGUCACGCCCGAGCGGGGCAAGAGGCACCUGGAUGAGAGGACGUGGCAGCCGCCGUCACAGCCCUGCUGA